CAUAUACAGAUCUUAAAUCGGGCGCAUAAUAGGCAAAUUCUUGCUGAACGGCGAUUGCGGUAAGCGAGAAGAAUUUUCUCCUGUUCAUCGUUUGGGUUGGAACCCUUUAUAAAGAACAAGCAACUUGUUGGUGAAAAUCCACAAGCAAUAACAACAGAAAAGUUCUACAUCAACGUUCUGAGGGUUGAGAAUUCCAAAAAAAAGAUGGGCCAUAAUUCUUUACUGUCCAAGGCUUUUCAAGUAAUUGUUGUCACGGCAGUUUGCGGGGCAUUUGUUUGCGGACAUGUCCUGACUUUUAUUGUCAUGUUAUGCAACAUGACGAAUAUCGUGCUUUUGCCUGUUAUUCUUGCCUAUUUGAUCUGGUUUCUUGCCUACGAUUUCAAAAGGUCGUCGAAGGGCGGCCGUAGAUGGAAUGCACUUCGAAACCUCUCAAGUUGGAAUUACUAUCGAGAUUAUUUCCCAGUACGACUUAUUAAAACUACUCAACUAAGCCCUGAAAAAAAUUACAUCUUUGGCUAUCAUCCUCAUGGUAUCAUGUGUGCCGGAGCUUGGUGUAACUUUGGGACUGAGGCAAAUGGUUUCAGCAAGUUAUUUCCGGGACUUACACCGCAUCUCCUAACCUUGAAAUUGUUGUAUUGGUUUCCUUUCUUUCGUGAUCUUUUGAUGGCUUUGGGUCUUUGCGAUGUAUCAAGAGAAAGUUUUGAGCACAUCUUGUGCAAGCAAGGCCGCGGUAAUGUUGCCGUCGUCGUUGUUGGAGGAGCAGCCGAGUCUCUUGAUGCCCAUCCAGGACUCUACAAACUGACUUUGAAAAAUAGGAAGGGAUUUGUUAAAAUGGCAAUACGUACAGGAGCGUCUCUUGUUCCAGUAAUGUCAUUUGGUGAAAAUGAUCUGUUCACUCAACCUCAAAAUCCACCAGAAUCAAGACUGCGUCAAUAUCAAAAUGCCAUCCAAAAAAUUAUAUCGUUUGCGCCUAUUGCAUUCUUCGGGCGCCUUUUUGUGCUGCCACAUCAAAAGGAAGUCAACACAAUUGUUGGCUCUCCAAUCCAUGUAAAGAGAAGGAAAAAUCCUACUCGUCGUCAUAUUAACAGAGUGCACGAAAAAUACAUCGAAUCUUUGAAGGAAUUGUUCGACCAAAACAAAACAAAAUACGGCAUAAAAGACGCAACACCAUUGAUGAUUGUGUGAACAGAGCCGUCAGCAUUGUUUUACUAGUAAAUUGAAGAAGGUUGGGGAGUAUCACUUAUUACCAAAUAAGUUCCAUUCAUACUAUCAUUGCCGUUUCUUUUCUUUUAUUUUUUUCCAUACCAUUUUUUCCAUUCCACUCAUUUAAUCCAUUUUUACGCUUUUUUAAUUCAUCUCAUUCCAUUUCAUUUUAAUUGAUUCCGUUUCGUUCCAUUCCACUUCAUUUAACAUCUUAUAACACUUCAUCACAUUUCAUCUCAUUCCAUUUCACUUCAUUUCAUUCACUUCACAUCAUUUCGUUUCAUUCCAUUUUAUUUAAUCUUAUUCCAGUUCCAUUAUUUCUCAACAUUUCAUUCCAUUUCAUUUCAUACCUUAUUUCACUUAUUUCAUUUCUUUACAUUUCAUCUCAUCUCAUUUCAGUUUUUUUUAAUUCUAUUUCAUUUUUUUUCCAAU